AUGUCUACUUUGUAUGUUGUUUCUUCUAAAAUUCUCGAUCUUUUAGCACAGGUAGAAACUUACAGUCUUGCCUCAGAACCUAUGAAUGAGCAGGUUAAUUAUAUUAUCGUUGAUGUCAAUGAAAGUAUUGUGGAGCUAGAUGAAAUCAUCAAGGUGGCAUUUGCUGAUUUGCGGGCAAGAUACGCUGCUCGAUUUCCUGAAUUGGAGACAGUUAACAUUUCUCUUUUGGAAUAUGCACGGUGUGUUAUAUUAAUUGGAGAUUCUCCCACUUUAUCGAACAUUAAUUUUUCUUCCCUAAUGCUUUCACCUUCUGCCAUUAUGAUUUUGUCAAUGUGCUCAACAACAACAACCGGAAAGGCAAUUGACAAAGCUUCAUUGGAUCGCUCCAUUUACAUUGCAAAUUUUAUCAUCUCAGCGCUCGAUGCAAAGUCCAAGGUUCUUGGAUCAGCAAUGCAGGCUUCUAAGCUUGGGAUUGGAGGUGAUCUUGCUGGAUUUUCCAAGUCCUCCUCUAUGCAUUCUGGAUUUAUUUCUCAAUGCGAUAUUCUCAGAAACAUCAAUCAAAGCGAAUAUAAGAUACGAGCAAUUAGAUUGGUAUCUGGAAAGUGCGCUCUUGCUGCUCGAUAUGAUGCCGAUCAUUUGCGAGAAAACCUAUCAAUCAAUCGAAAGCUACAUCCCCAGGCGUCAUCGAAAUAUGGCGUUUCAUUGCGGGCUGAGAUUGAAAAGAAAAUUGAAAAGAUGUUGGAACCGCCUCCCAUUCAAAAGCCUAAGCCACUUGCUGCCCCAAAAGAGCAUGCUAAACAAAGAAGAGGAGGAAAACGUGUCAAAAAACAGAGAGAGAGCGUUGCUAUUACAGAAAUGCGUCGCCUACAGAACCGAAUGACUUUUGGUACGAUUGCCGAAGAUGAGAUUAUCUAUGGAGACGAGACGAUUGGACUGGGUCAGGUUAAGAUGGGGGAUAAUCGUGAGGGCAUUAUCGAUGCGUAUUCCAAAAUUGCCGCUCCAAAGGCUAAUAAUAAGGCAAGGGAAGCCCUCCUCAAGAAAGGCCGUGAAGUAACCUCCAAAUUUUCAUUUACAUCUGGUAUUAUAUCUUCCCUCUCCAUUAGCAAUGGUCAGGGAAUUCAGCUUCAAAACCCAGAAAAACCUGCCCACUCCUCCAACAGCGUUCUGAAAGGAAUAUUAACUUCUACAAAACUGUAUAGUACCAAAUAA